AUGCCCCGGAAAAGGAAAGAAAUGGAAUUUGACAAUGAGCUAGGAUUUCAAUCUCCAAAACAUAAACCCCUUCAGAGAAAUGCAGCCAACGCUCGUGAGAGGGCGCGCAUGAGAGUUCUAAGCAAAGCUUUUUCCAAACUAAAAACCACUCUACCGUGGGUACCACCGGACACUAAAUUAUCUAAAUUGGACACUUUACGCCUGGCUGCCAGUUAUAUCGCACAUCUCCGGCAAAUCUUAGACACAGAAGAAGUGGAAACACCACAGCACGGAUAUAUACAUCCAAUCAAUUUG